GAAGUUGAAAGCGCAUGGUCAAUGUUCAGCUAGCCUGUGUAUGGAAAGCAUGUGAGGAAAUGGGGUUAGUAAAAGCAAGUCUGUUAACCAAAUAAUCUAUAUUUAUAGUGCAAGAUAAUAUCCAUGAGCGUUUAGCUCGUAAACAGUUCCCAAAUUUACUAGCUGCAUGCUACUAACGGAUGUUACUGAUCUUUCUAAUCAGCAGUAAACAAGCUAGUAUCUGUAGCUAGCCUGGCUAGCAGGUUUACAAGCUAAGGGGUUUGAACGAUUUUGCAAGUGUGAGGCUAAGCUACUAAUGCUAUCUUGCAUAGAUAUGUAGCUACUGAGUUGAAUCCACGCGACAAAUUGGAGGUUGUUUUUGAGUAAUAAGGUUGUUGUCGAAGUGCUACACCUUUUGUUGAGUGUUUUAAGCAGCAGAUAUUUAGCACGAGGCGUGUGUUGUUUACCUUGCGUGCUAGCUAGCUAACUUGCAAGUAGCUUUUUUGCCUUUUUGCUUGUGACUCAUAACUGUCAACGAGCCACGGUCGUUAGCUAGCUAGCUAGCGUUUGCAUCCAUACCAUGCUAAUGUGUUAACUGGCUUGAAAUAGAUUUCUAAUUUUAAGCGUUUUGGCAUUUAAUACAGCUGAGCACCUAGUAAUGUAUUGCUAUAGCUAACUAGACAAUUACUCUAUUUAAUUGUAUUUAAUAUCUACCUUCAACGCCAGACCGCUGAUAUAAGCUGGUCUUUAGCCUCAGAGGGUGGUGUACACACACAGCUAUGUUUCAGUCUGUCCAGAGACGCCCGAUCUGCGGAAUAAGGGCGCACACGGCUCGGCUUCCUGGCCUACACACAGUUUGUAGUGAGGGUGUAGGGAAGGCCAGUGGUCCUGUAGUUAAGAGAGCAGCGGCAUGGCUGGGUCGACGUAUGGGUUCCGUGCUCUCUUGGCUGCACAAAGCAGGAGUAUGUGCAGGUGAAACGGGAUCAGAGAAGACACGAAAAGGCAUGGUGUCCUUACUUGCAAACCAGUGCAGUUUCGUUACGGGCCAGAGGUUCAGACGCGCUUGGCAGAUAGGUGAGCUCUACUCGAACCUGUACUCCGAACGUUCCCGAAUGAGCCUGGUGAGCACGCUGUGGCGCCGCUUCCAAAGCAAACACGCGCGCACUAGCAAACUAGUUGCAGCGCUGGCUGGAGUCUUCAUGUGGGAAGAGGAGAAGAUUAGAGACGAAGAGCUAAAGAGGUGUGCAGGGGAGCUGCUCGCCGUAGAAACGGUGAAGAGUCGGGGCACUUCCCGGGAAACAACCGCUGAGCUCCAGAAGGACGGCUGGGAGGUCGUCAUGGAGAAGAAGAACUUCUGGGUGUGGAAACGGCCAAUUCAGAACAGCCAUUUGUACGAAUACAAAGUGUUGGGAACGUACACAGACAUCACCCCGAGGCAGUUCUUCAACGUUCAGCUGGACACUGAGUACCGGAAGAAGUGGGACGCCCUGGUGAUCAAGCUGGAGGUGGUGGACCGAGACGCCACCACGGGGUCCGAGAUCGUGCACUGGGCCACGCACUUCCCUUAUCCGUUGUAUUCGAGGGACUAUGUGUAUGUGCGGCGCUAUGAUGUGGAUCCAGAGAACAACCUCAUGGUCUUGGUAUCCAGGGCUGUGGAACACCCCGCUAUUCCAGAAUCCCAGGACUUCGUCAGGGUCCAUGCUUACCAGUCUAAGAUGGUGAUCCGUCCGCACAAGUCCUUCGACGAGAAUGGCUUCGACUACCUGCUGACCUACAGCGACGACCCUCAAACAGUGUUUCCUCGGUACUGUGUCAGCUGGAUGGUGUCCAGUGGGAUGCCGGACUUCCUGGAGAAGCUCCACAACGCGGCCCUGCGUGCCCGGAACCAGGAAGUGGGGAUGCAGGACUACAUCGGUGUGGUCAAAACCAAUGACAAGGCCUCCCCGCCCAACCCAGACCGCCUCGGGGGGGAAAAGGCCCACCCUGGCCAGAUGUACGCCUGAACAGAACCAGGGUGCGGAAAAUGUGGGAGGAGCCUCUUGAUCGCCACCACUCCCACCAGCAUCCCAUAAAAGGGCUUCUUUUUUUUCAUUUUUUAUAAUGGUUUGACUUUGUGUUUAUUUUGAAUGAAGUUGAUGGACACGUACGAGGAAUGCAGCUCCCACCUUUCUCCGCCUCGACACACAAAUCCAGAGGAAACGACCGUGCUUUUCUGCGAACAAAAAAGCGCUUGAGACCUUGCAGCGCAGCCUCCCGAGAUGUUCGGGAAGUCUGGAGACUUCAGAAGGCUUUUGGAGAUGAAAAAUGAUUGACCCAAAAGUAUCAGGACUUCUGCUUCUCUGCAUAAAUGAAAGACUCUUUCUUUCGCUCUCUCUCUCUCCGUGGCCUGAAGCCGGCUGCUUGCUCCGCACACACUCCGUCCCCACCUCCAUCUUGUGGUUAGGCGGCUGGAACAGCGGUUUCUCAUCUUGCAUCCUGGUCUCACUUUUGUCUCAUUAACAUUUUUUUCAGUUUUUUUUUUUAAACAAACAUUUCAUAGUAAUCAAGUGGUAUCGGGUCACAUUGACAGCUUGGUUACGGGCUUCAUUUCUGUUACAAAUCACAGCAGAUUGUGGGGGCAAGGGCAGGGAAGGGAAAAAAAACAAAAAAAGCAAGCGUAAUCAAAUGGACCAGCCGUUGGGAGUCUCGCUCGUCCGCGUGGGCUGACGCUCUAGCCGGCCCGAAAGGCGUGAGGAGCGCUUCCGAUCCGCGCGUUUGUGAAAGCCGAGUUUUUGCCGUGGAAACGUCGUCCCUGACCACGGGGACGUGGAACAGCUCUGUCACCCCAAACGGCCUUCUGUGAACACCGGCCCCCUCUGAAGGGGGGGAGGGGGGGGGCGUGUCUUACAGCAACCGCAGCUUCCUCAACCACAGCGCCUUCUCCACUACCAACACACCCCCCCGCGAACGCGCUUGGACUCGGAAAAGCACCACUCCGACGUGCGGCUGCGUCUUCAGCGGCUUUCAGAUGGCUUCUUUUGAGCUUUCGCCGGCUUCUCCAGUACACAGCUUUUACAGAAAUAUUUCUGCUCGCUGUUUGAAGAUUUCUACAGGUUGACUCUUUUUUUUCCACACUCAUCCUCUUCCCCUCCCUUGUGUGUAUUGAGCUAUGUAUUGAGCACUUGGGUUUAAAAAAAUAUCAGUUAAUUCCGGUACUCGUGCUCGCAUGCUUGUGUGUCAUUAACGCAAAUUAAAUCAACUCCUCUUCACAGAAGAGCUCGAGUGAGCAGGUAUGUCACUUCCUGUGCAGACCGCUCGUCAGUCUUCUGCUCGUGAGCUGAACACGCGUGACUGACCCGUUUUUCUCCUGUUCUCACGCGCGGAAAUGUGAAUUCUGUGUGCAUGAAUCUCGCUGGAGUAGGCUACCGGCAACCGUGUCCCAGCAUCACGGACGGGGCUCGUGGCAGUUUUGAGCAGUUGUGCACUUGGGGAUAGAGUUCGAGCACGGGUGGAGAGAAGAAUGUCUGUGUCAAAUGCACUUAAAGGACUGAAAAAUCCAUGACAGAAAAUGCUACUGAAAUGAUGAAUUGAUUGAAAUAAAUCACAUUUGUUACUCCUUACCUCCUACGUUGUGUCCAGGUGUUGACGUUUGAAUGAUUUGUUGACGGCAGGAGGUCAAAUUUGAGUCUAACAUCUGAUUCAACCCCCCCUCUGAUUUAUGAAGAUGUACUGAUUUUUCCAUCGUAAGUGUCUCGGGGGGACACUAGUAUCUUGCUUUGUUGCUGAAUAUUCUCUCCUGGCAUCAACUGUCAGAGCACACUAGCUCUUAUGUGUGCAUGCUUAUAACAUGCUUAGAGCCUGUGUUCUCUGCCUUGAGGUGAGACGUUUGGGGUAGGAAAAAUAUUUCAUAUCUUAUAUGGAAAAGGCCACAUCCAUAAGUGAUUGGCCCUUGACGGUUACAGGUUUUGGCUUCCAGGAAAUAAGAACUUUCAUCGAAUUUGCACCUUCAGCAGGUGCGCGGUGCCGUUUUGUGUGGGUUCAGACUGCUCAAGCUUUCACCGUUUACCAGUGGCGCGUCGGUCAUGUUUUCUGCGUUUUACCCACGAUUCCCUAUAAAAUGAGCCGACGCAAAAUCAGCUGCCACAAAAAACUAAAUAAACAUUUUGAGACCGAAAUGACAGCAGAGAGAUGGAAACACAGAGGAAAGAAACGGAGUUUAAGAGAACCUGCAUUUCAAUGUAAAUUCUGUUUAAAUGUGACCGCAAAGAAUCCGUCGAUUGGGACCGUCCAUAGUCUUAGUGACAUCACUCCGGCCCGAUUUAGGGCAGCACAGCGCAGGUAACAUUGUGCCUGUGUAGGACCGUCCCACCAGGGCUUCAUUGGAACCAUGUCAGCUGGUUUUGUGUGGUUAAAAAUGGUGAUUGAGUAACUACACAUUGGCCUCUGAUAUAUGACAUGAUGUUAUUAGACGUAUGCUAACACCCAAUUCAGUGUAAUUCUGGAAAGCUGGAGUCGGCACUCUGGCUGUGAUGAAUGUUUAAACUUUUUUAUUGUUGUGGUUUUCUGCUGUUUCUCUGCUUGUCCAGUGUUACAAAUGAGGUUCUUACAGAAUUAAAUUUUUCUAAUAUUGCACAAAUCGCUGUGUUACCUUAACAUUCACAUGCUAAACAUUCAAAAACCAAUUCCUCCAAAUAAUCUUGAUUAAUGACAAUGUAAACACUUAAUAAUAAAGAUUACCUGCCUGCAAAUCUAUCAUUUUUUGUUACCCUUUUAACCUGCAAGGACAUGAACCAUCUCAUAACUAAUUUAAUACAUGUAAUACAUGGUAACAUUAGAGAUUGUGGUGUGUUUUUGUUGUUAGUCGUUGCAGUUCCCAAAGGAAAUCCAAUGAGUUUAAGAAAAUUAGUAUUGUUUAACAUUUGGUUUGAGUUUUCCAGGUUUUUAACUUUUUUAACUUUCUUUUGAUCAUUUAUGCCAUAGUGUGUGUUUUUGGAAUUAAUGAUUUUAUUGUUUCUAGUUGGAAAUGAAUGCCGUUGUUUAAAUGCUUAAUUUAUGCAGUAUUAUAGCUUAGCCAAAUAUGUGAAGUUGUUGGUACCGCUUGGUCCUGUGCCUUCACAUUUCUGUUUUCCCCCAAUGAAAGCACUAAAUUAACUGUGUGUCUUUGAAUUUCUGUACAGUCAACUGUUGGAACUGAGUUGUAAAAUGACUGUUUUUCAGAAGGGGAUGAUGGCUUGGAGUUGAAAUUGAGCACUCAUUUAAUACAUAUUUGCUAUAUGGGUAUGCAGUGGUGCUUGUGGGGACGGGGGUAAGGUGCUUUACACACAAACGCUUUUAGUACCUUAACUUGGAUAUCUCAGAUGUGCAGUCGCGCAAGCACAUUUUUACAUGCUUGUUAAUGGCUGGGUUGAGGUUCCUGGUAAAAGUGGUUAAUAAGGAUGUUUUUGUAUUGACUGCGUAAUGGCUGUCUUUGGUACGCAGGGGGAAGUUGCCCAAGUUCUGUGUGUCAUUUAAGGCCGCUAACUGUAAAGUGGUAACUGUUGAGGUGAUACAUGAGUGUCCAAGCUGUUAAAAAUGGCUUUAAAACGGGACAUGCUGUGCCUCACACUGCACCUCGUUCUAUUAGCUCAAGGGCAUAAUAACUGUGCCUCAGCUGGGAAUCAAACCUGCAACCGCUGAUUUACCAGUCCAGUUCCCUAACCAUUACACUGUGGCAUACUCUUCUGUGGUGUAAUUUGUAUCCUUGGCUGGCUGUUUGCAGCCAUAUUUUUGCAUUUGUCACCCAUUGAUCAUUCCCAGUUUCUUCCCCAGCGAUUACUUUAAAAUGGCAUUAUUGAUGGCAACUCUUGAGUGUUGCCUUUUUGUAUUUCGUCUCUCUACGAUAUCUAUGGUAGGCUAGCUAUACUGGCUCCAUCUACCGGCUAGCAUACUGCCUUCCCUCCUCCUCAGAUGACCUUUGAAGAUUGUACUGUCAUUCCAUGGCCAACAGUUGUUGCACCAGGGAUUGGUCCUGCCACCUGGCCUGCCACAUGAUUGGUCCUGCCACCUGACCUGCCACAUGAUUGGUACUGCCACCUGGCAAAUGCGAUUAGAUGAUUCCUGUGUCAUUCUCCCUUGAGGUCCAAUUGAAUAUUUUAACCUGCCCCUUAAGCUCAUAACUUGCCAAAUAAAGCUUGCUCGCUGUAUCUUGUUGCAAUAGGUGGUUCCAGCUAAUAAAAAAAAUAUCUGUGAUUGGAUGCUUAACUGUCAAUCAGAUUUGUAAUCCUCCAUUCAGGCAGUGAAAGGCUGUGUCCGAAAUGGCCUCCUAACCACUGUGUCCUCAACAUAUGUACUGCUAGACAUACUGCCUACUAUUUUAGUAUGUGAUGGGCAGUGGGCAGCAAAAAAAAAAAACCUCCAUACUAUUUUCCAACGGUACUGCGGAAGUGUCGGAAGACGUCCUGAAAAUGUAGCAAAGAUUUUACAGGGAUAGCUCCGCCUCUUUCUCUCUGCUUGUGAUGGGGCCUCCUAAAAAGUGUGGUUUACUUCCUGAAAAGUGUGCUCCUGAAUACUCUCAGUGAAACCCCAAAAAUACCUAUAUCAUCUGGGGAUUUUAAGUACACUGCAUCUAGAGAAUUUCAUCUACUCAACGACUUUCUCAUCCGGUGUACUCAACUUAUAUACUCAGCAGCAGGCAAGUAAGCUGUUUCCUGACGUGGCUGAAGCCUUUUACCAUUCUAAAGAAAGAUUCCACUGCAAAGCUGUUUGCAAACCUUAUUAAACUAAUUUGUUUUCAUAGCUUCCAGCAAAAAAAAAUGUACUUAAGCCUUUAGAUAACAUCAUGAAGUUGGUUGGUUGGUUGGUUUACCACUGUGUAUGAAAGUAUGUGUUUACCAGCUGCUCAGUCCACAGAUGGUAAUUGAUCCUUUGUGUGUAUCCUAUAAAGGGAAAAAUUCUUUCUAUAUAAUUUUGUGCGCGUGCAUUUGAAUAGAUGUGAAAGACAAAAGUAAUUAUCUUGUCACGUUUGACUUUCGUGUUGAGAUCACUGAUUGAAGAAAUUGAUUUUAUUGUGAGGGGGUUGCUGUACAAGUCUGAAAUAGACUUCAUGUAUUCAAAUUGUGGAUUUGAGCAAAUAUAUGCAAUGUUUGAGAAUGCUUAGCUUGCCAGUGUGACGCAUUCAGUUGUCUGAGGUGCUGCUUUAGAAGAAUGCUGGUGUGGAAAAGACGUCUUCAGUAUGUGAAAGCAUUUUGUUUCUGCCAUUGUUUCACGGUUGAACCAUUUCCAAAUGUCCCUUUUUCAUCUUCUGGCUUCUCCGUAUAAAAGCUGCUCAGCGCAUGGACUGGAACAUGGUCACGCAGUUGACACCUUUUGCUGUGAACGUUGUAAUGGUUUCAGUCUACAUGUAGAUGUUGCUAUGAACCGUUAAAAUAUCACUGUAAGUCUGAAAUAAAGCCAACACGUUUGUAAAAGUUAA